AUGUGCAAUCGUGCUGGUGUCGCAUUACUGCUAUUUUUAUCAUUCGAGUCCACGUAUUUUGCGGCCAACGCUCAACAUGUACCCAAUAGCCGUAUUUCGUUCAACACAGUACAGGGUUGGGGAGUUAAACUCGGUACUGAGUUAUAUCAUUUUGGAGAAUUUAUCACAAGAAAGAAGGAGGUUGAGGAUAGUUGGAAGUCAGCGCAAAUAGAAUCCAGGGAUGGGGAAAAGCUGGUACAGAGUAUGGGGGACGAUAUUCGGGCGAUGAUGGAGUUAAAAAUAAGUGCCGUCAAAAGGAUAGUGGAAGCGGCGGAGAACAUGGCUUUUGACAAACAGAACGAGCCGGUGCCAGAAGACUUUCAGUUCUAUAAUAGUAAAGAAAUGGAAGAUUUAAUGGAUGACUCUAUAACAACGACGCCGGAGCCCGAAUUCAAUAUGGAAAACUGGAUCGUUCGUCCACCAUCCAAGAAUGCAAACCUUCAGCAGAAUCAUCAUUUCUCUAGCAUACCUGUUAAUAUAAAUAUCAGUAGCGUACAUGUGCCAACUAAUGUUUAUGCUUGGGCACCAGAAGUUAUCAAAGGAAUCCAUUGGUCCGAAGGUUUAGACACUCACUUUAUCAACAAUUAUCAAAGUGAUCCUACACUAUCGUGGCAGUACUUUGGGAGUUCUACUGGGUUCAUGAGGCAUUACCCUGCGAUGAAGUGGCGAGCCGACCCAGUUGACAUAUAUGACUGUCGGACAAGAGCUUGGUAUAUGGAAGCAGCGGCGAGUCCAAAAGACGUCAUAGUACUUGUAGAUCGCAGUGGCUCAAUGACCGGACAGAGAAGAGAUAUAGCUAAACACGUUGUGACGAACAUCUUAGAUACACUGGGGAAUAACGAUUUCGUUAACGUGAUGACUUUUGCUGAUACUGUGGAGGAAAUUGUACCAUGUUUUGAGGAUUCUUUAGUGCAGGCGACGUUGGGAAAUAUUCGAGAAUUUAAAUUGGCAUUAGAAAACUUUGAGACAAUGGAAAUAGCUAACUUUUCAGCAGCGCUCACUAGAGCUUUUGACCUUCUUGAAAUCUAUAGAAAUAAUAGUGGUGGAGCAAAUUGCAAUCAGGCAAUAAUGCUAGUAACAGAUGGCGUGCCAUAUAACUACAAGGAAAUAUUUGAAAAGUACAAUUGGAAAUAUGACACGCCAGUACGAGUGUUCACGUACCUGAUAGGUCGCGAGGUAAAGGUGGCAGAUGUAAGAGAAGUGAAGUGGAUGGCUUGUGCGAACAGAGGAUACUAUGUCCAUCUCAGCACUUUAGCGGAAGUACGAGAGAGAGUGUUGGAACAUGUCAACGUUUUAGCAAGACCGCUCGUGUUGCAAAGGGAGAAGCAUCCGGUUGUUUGGACUCCGGUUUACGCAAAUGUUACGGAUCCAAAAGUGGCCGAUUAUUUGUGGGAGCAACGCGAGCGGGCAGAGCAAAAAGAACGAUUUAUGAGCCAACGGCGAGACAAAGCGUUAUUUAAUUCGGAAAAAGAACAGACGAGAAGAUGGAAAAUUACUCAGAUGAAACAAGGUCAAUACAGUGAGAUAGGAAACUCGCAAUAUCAACUUAUGACCUCAGUCUCUAUGCCCGUGUACGACUUACGACACAAUGAGAUGCGUAUAGCUAGAUUGUUAGGAGUGGCCGGAACAGAUGUGCCACUCUCUGAAAUACAGGCUCUCAUGACUCCUUACAAGGUCGGAGUAAAUGGUUACGCGUUCAUGGUAACAAACAACGGCUACAUUUUAAUACACCCAGAUUUGAGGCCAGUGUUUCAACAAAUACUGAAACCCAGUUAUAACAGCGUAGACAUGAUUGAAGUUGAACUGUUUGAUGAUGAUAGAACUCCUAGGAACUUCAGUAAGGAACUAACGGCGCUGCGGCAGGAUAUCAUUGAUCAAAAGACAGGGAACAAAAUUAUGAAUGUCAAAUAUCAUAUGGAUGACAUGAAAAGGGUAUCGCGUGGCAAGAAACACUACUUUUGGACUGGUAUUAGCGAUUCUCCGUUCACUCUAGUAGUGGCUAUUCCUGAGAACUAUGGCAGGCAUAGAAUCACUCCGCCCCCAACGGACGAUAUACAUAGACUUUCCCUCACCUCAAAGAAUAUAUCAGCCAGGCAGUAUCUCUCUGAUAAGUGGAGUGUUCAUCCUGAUUGGUUGUAUUGCCGUCACUAUGAAAGAACAUUUUCCACACCAGAGGAGGAGCUCCUAUACUUCUUAGAACGGGUUGCCAAGCCAGGUUGGCGCUGGCCAGCCAAGCCACGCCCCCCAGAACAUCACAAGAACAAGCAAGGCCAUGGGCAUAACGGCUCCGUAGAGGGAGAAAGAAAUAAAGCAGCACAGAGGAACGAGUAUUACUGUGACCACGGACUCAUGCAAGCUCUAGUCUAUGAUGCACGAAACACAGCGUGGUUUAACAAGAGCAUUUCAGAUUCGGCUUCGGAUGACAAAGCGGCGGAGUUCAUACAACGAUUUGGAUACAUCGUAGCUUUCUUGGCGACGCACGGCGGUCUAACAAGAUGGCAGACCCAUCCACCAAAGGAUCACGAUGACAGAGUUGAAUUCGGUAAACAAUGGCCGCGCGCGAUCGACGAAGUCUGGUAUCGUCGUGCCGUAGAACAGCAUUACGUAGACCCUCUCAGUUACGUGUACAGCGUGGAUAUGAAUACUGAGAAAUUCCCGCUGAAUGUCAGCGCUGCCUUGGUGACGGCGGCGCACGCCGUCUUCCACAGCGAUGGACACCGGAAGGCACCGGCUGCUGUUGUUGGCUUUCAAUUUAAACAUGAGAGAUUGACUGAGUGGUUCGACAAUAUUACAUCUUCAUGUGAGCACAGCAAAGAUUGCGUGACUUGUGCGUCUGAGGAAUGGGACUGUUAUUUGGUUGACAAUAAUGGAUGGAUAGUGGUAAGCAAGGACAGCACUCAGACGGGACAAUUCUUUGGAAAGAUUCGACCAGACAUAAUGUCCAAAAUGAUAGAAGAUGAGGUUUAUAAAACUGUUCACGUGAUUGAUUACCAGGCAGUGUGCUUUAGGGAGAAGAAGGUUACGAAUCCAGCAUCUACGAUACGAACACCCAUAGACAACUUGCGGCUCAUUAUGUCAUGGUUCGUUACAACAACAACGUGGUUCUACAACUCUGUGUCGUUGUCUAUGGCUCAGUCCAGCUACUCAUUCGACGAUGUGUCCUAUCAGAAUUACGAGAACGACGAGGACACAGAUGACCUGUCAAUGUCAAAGCCCCCGACGAGAACUCACGAAAGGGACUUCGAAAAGCUAGUCCUAAUAAACAGGACGCGACCGACGCCCUGCGACAGAGAAAUGUUCUUAUACCAAAUGGACUAUACGAACUUGGACGCCAAAUUGAAUAAACCGUUAAACGAAUGCAAUAGGCCUUUCUACGCCCAGCUUGUGAACUAUACAAAUAUGCUGUUGGUCGUUGUGGAUGCGAUGUGCGCAAAGAAAGAUGUAUCAAUAUUAUCUAUAGACCCUAGCGAGGUCCAGUACAAUGAAUCGUUGCCAUGCUUGAAACAUAAGCAUCCGUUAUAUAGGAAACAACCGGCUUCGUGUAUUAGGAAUCAUACAGAGGAAAGCAAUAUUGACAUGUGUGGAAGAGGGAGUUUGCUCAACAGGAAUAUUUUAUGGCUACCUUUCACUAUGCUUAGCCUUUUAUGGAUCAAAAUAAUAUUUUAA